AUGAAGAUUCUCGAGGCUGAGACUUUUUCGACGUGCCGUUGGUACACGGAAUCGCGGAUUCUCUACGAGAAGAACUCUCAAUCUCAAUCUGACAGAUUCCCCGAAUCGUCUUAUCAAUAUCCAAUCAGUCUACAGCAGAUAGAAAUGCCUCCAAAGCUUCGUGCUCGUUCCACUUCGCGCUCUCGUACCGCCGUCUCCACGUCUCCAGCAUCGUCUCGAGAUUCGGUUUCUCCAAAAAGACGAGUUUCAUCAAAAUCAGCCAGAAAAGCAUCCAAGUCACCAGCACGUGGACGUACUCCAAAAGUUGAGAAAAGUGCCAAGAAGACGCCAAAGUCUGUCCCAGCUACACCAAAAUCGACCUCUCGCUCCCGAUCCCGUUCUCGUGGUCGUCCAACGACCGCCAGCCGGGCGGCUCUGGCUACCAAGACCCCAAAGACCCCGGCAAUCAAGGCUACUCCAGCUUCCACGUCUCAAAGAACCGCAUCCAAAUCGCAGACCAGAACUCCAGUACGCAAUGUUGUGAAGACUACAGAAAUCGCUGAUGACGAUGACACUCCAAGCAGACCAACCCUUCGUCAGAGACCAGUUAGAAAUGCGACUGAAUCGGCAACUACGAUACGCCCAGGAUCCCGUGUCUUCUCAAAAUCUCCAUCCAGAGCCAACAAAGGCUGCUGGACAGCUUGUGUCAAGAAAAGUGCAAUCUCUGGAUAUAACACAGUCAGCAAUCUUGCCAUUAGAGCCUUCAACUUCCUCUAUUGGUUGAUCACUCUUCCAUACGUUAUCAUCAGAACCUACUGGCACAAGUACAAGCCAAAGAGUGAGAUCGCUUGUGCUCUGAUCUUCAUAGCCUGUCUUAUCAUACUCACUGUGGGGUACAUCCGUCUGUUCCCCAAGUUCCACUCAAAUAUGAUCAAGCUGGAGAUAAGCACAUCGUCCUUCCAAGCCGUCGUCUCCUCCAUACCACCUAUGGAAAGAUCGCCGUGUGGUCCGAGAAUGUGCACAAUUGGGCUCAAGGCCAUUGGCAAUAUCUUUCGGAGAAACUCAACAACAAGGCUACUCAAACUGGCCAGUAAUUAA